AUGCCGCCUGCCUCAGGGCUUGUGCCCGUGGGGCUGCUGGGACUGCUGAGCGUGGCCUUGUCUCUCAGCGGUGACAGGGCUGGCGGCACCAUGUGGUUUCCCUGGGAUGCGAUGAGGCUCCCCAGGCACGUCGUCCCGCUGCGUUACCACCUCCUCGUCCAUCCUAAGCUCACCACCCUGACCUUCGGUGGGGCUGCCAUCAUAGAGGACGUAGUCCCCCAGCAGAGCGGAGCGCUUGUCCUGCCCAGCGGGCGCCUGCACGUCACCAGGGCCGACAGCGAGGCCGGGAGCGCCUGCUCGGUGAAGUCUGUGAAUUUAACUCUCUGACUUGUUGAGGACAAUUCUGAUACCACUGUCAAGGUGAGUAGGUACCUUGUGGCCUUCAUUGUUUUGGAUUUUAACUCCAUCAGCAAAAUAACCGGCCAUGGGUUUAAGAUUUCUGUGCACACGGUGCCAGACAAGACCGACCAAGCUGAUUAUGCAUCGGAUGCGGCGGUGGAACUUCUAGAUUUCCGCAGGGAUUACUUCAGCAUUCCAUAUCCUUUACCUAAACAACAUUUAGCCGCUAUUCCUGAUUUUCAGUCUGGUGCUAUGGGAAACUGGGGACUGACCCCAUACCGGGAACCUGCAUUGUUGUAUGACCCUGGAAAGUCCUCAGCAUCUUCUGAACUUUGGAUUACUAUGACAACAGCCCAUGAGCUGGUUCCUCAGGCCUGCAAAGUCCCCUGCAAGGGGAAACUCCACCAGCAACACACCGUGGACAUCGUAAAAAGAAACGACGAGCGCUCGUGUCGAGGGAAGGGAGCAGCCAGAAAGAGGCGCAUAAUGUAUAUCAACUCCUGGCUACGUGGCUGGUGCCACCGUGAGGGGUUUGGCUUUUAUGCCAACGGGGCGUUCUUCAAUGACUACAACAUGCUAGGGAGGGAUGGAACCCACCUGCCCAACAGGGAUCUGCUGGAAGACAAUGUGGCAGCUCGCGUGUCAUCCACCAAGUUCCUGGAACGCAUAGAGGACUGCUUCCUCAUACAAAUGUUGGAUGUGCCAGCCAGGAAUGAGGCACUGCUGGACUCGCUACGCACAAGGCGAGAAAACCUGCUUUGUAGUAUCUCCGUUAGUGAUAGGCUUGGCUGCAGUGACCGCAAUAUUGUGGAGUUGGGGAUCCUGCUGAGCAUGCCGAAGGGAGACUCUUUCUUAAGGAGAUUCUUUGAUGCCGUGGCAGAGGAUGCAUGAAAUUCAUCACAUCGUGUAUCUACUCCUGUGGAAUAUCCAGCUCAAAUUUUAGAACUGAUUGGUAAUGAUCUUUCCUAUGAGAAGGGAUCUCGUAUAUUAAAUAUGCUGAGGGACUUCCUGACUGCUGCUGCCUUUAAAGCUGGACUUGUCCAGUACCUGCAGAAGUACAGCUAUCAGAAUACAAAAAUUAAACUGUGGAACAGCACGACAAAUAUUUGCCCUACAGUAGGUUAUGAUCAAAAUGAACUACAAGGUGGUGGGUUUUGCAGACGCCAACAGUCGCCUUCAAAUGCAAACGACUCUUACCCACUGGCGUACCGCAGGGUUCAUCAAAAAUUCUAA